AUGACCGCAGACCGAAUCUCACGCGUCUGGGCUAGGCUCGCUUGCCCGCCCUCCUCAAGUGGGAAGGGGCGCGCGAUAGCUGGCGAUGCCUGCCGGAUGUUCUUCACCCGUUGCCUUUCGCUGCCGGCAUUCGAACUGCUGAUCAAGUCGAUCGCUGCUGAGUGCCCUGGCCCCCUCCGCAUGAGCGAGUGCUGCUGUGCCGCUGGUCAACCUAGACGAGGCAGCCACGCGCCAGGCGAAGUCGAGGAAGCCCUCCAUGGUCUCCUUGGGCGUCUGCCAUGGCUGUGGCAUUGA